UCUCUGCCCUCAGUCGUCUGUUACGUGGAGCUGACCUCUGGAUUCAACACCAGUUCGGUGAAGGAGAAGAAGGUAGAGAACUCAAUCUGGAAGUUAUACGGUAUUUUCCAGCUCAGCGAUCACCUGAUCUGCAGCGACGGUCAAACUCCGUCUCUCAACAAAUGUGGUAAAAACUGCACGGACUUGCUCGACAGCGACAUAAGCGAUGACAUCGACUGCUUGUUGGAGACCUUGAACGACCUCAUUAAACUGGGAUUCACGGCUCAGAACUGGGAGGAGUUGGGAAUGAUGGCCAAAAUGAUCUUCCUCCACCCGGAGUGCAUAGAAAAGAAACCCAGCGAGUACUUCUCUGAUUGUCGCUAAGCAAACAACGAGCGGCCGAUGAUUUCUCUCCAAUAUUUAGCAAAACAUGUUUCACUAAUUGCAGCAUUUUUUUUGUCUAAGAUAAUAUUAGAAUGUGAGGUAUCGGCCUUCAAGUAGAAUUAACAUUUCAAAUAGAAAACAGUGAGUCCUGCUGUUUGUCUGUGAACGUGAAGACAGAAGAGUUUUAACAAUUGAAUAAAUCUUUAC